GCCGCUGCAUCCUCAACUUUCAAUGAAGCUCGAUACUUUACCAAAGCGGGUUUGUAAUGGUCGCCGAUCAAAGUCAAUGAAGCUCUAAAACCUGUGCAAGAUUUUAUCUAUGCUACAUUUAAAUUCUGCAUUAUAGUGACAUAGUGUCUAAAUGAACAACAAUGCUAAUUUCCAGAUGCAGCGUCUUAAUAGAGAAACGAACAGGGCCGUAAUAAGCUCAAUUAUUUUCUUCUUUUUCUUCGACCCCAUAAUUGUUCUGGGCCAGACCUGUCUUCAUGAUACUUUGUUUACUCUGUUUUUCAUGUUGGUUACCUCCCAAAUCAUUUGACUUCCAUCAUUAUAUGAACGAAACUUCGACAAACAAAAACUAGAAGAAAAUAAGAUAACUAUAGAAAGAUUGAGGCAAAGAUUCGUUUUACACUUUUAAGCAAAUGUUAUUGGCCAGACUGUAGAGACAUUAGCGUUGCAAACUCUUUGCUCUUCCCAAUUUGGGAAAUUUUUCAAAAUCCCACAGCAAGGUCUUGUGUAAUUACUGCACCAGAAUAUAUUACAACGCUAAACUGGAGCUUGAGGGUUAAGACAACAAAAAAACAACGAAAAGCACAUUAUGGGUUGAACUUUUCUUCUCUAAAGAUGUGAUGUAAAUUGAUAUAUGAAACUCACCCACACCAGCGUACACGAUGUGAUUCUUUGUGAUGUGAAUAUUUCAUAGAGUACUCAUGGGGGUAGAAUGUCAUUAUCUAAUACAACUAUCUCGAUUUUGAACCGGUUUGUUUUAGUCAAGUCUUGUCUGUUGCCUAUAUUUUAUCUUUCCUUUCUUCUAAAGCCUUGGACGUGUAUAAAUAGACAUAAUCACUUCUCCAAAGCCAAGAGACAAACAAAAGCCUAGAUCUAGCUAGAAACCUAACGCUGCUGACACCUCGUUGAACUGCCAUGUCCAUCCAUCACGUCGCCUCAACUGAGCCAAGAAGAGGAAGCAAGCUGAGAGGCUUCAAUCUUAAAACGCUAGAGCUGCUUCCCCUCGCCUCAAGGAGUCAAUGGUUAAAAAGCAAAACUGAUCAGACUUGCACCGCAAGUCACUAAACCAUGGACCGUCAUCAAAACCCCUACAUCCCUACUUGUUAGGCCAUUGGCCUUCACCUUAGUUACCGCGGUUAGCCUAGAUCCUUGCCAUGGACGAGUUACAAGGAGGUGAAUCAAGCCUCUUGCGUGUCACGCUACUCAAUCCUGAAAUCGUAGCUUCACUCCCAUCCUGAACCACCGUGAUAUUACUCUAAUCGGCCAUCAUUGCUGAUGGGACAACACCCUUCGCGUCUUCUCCAUAUGAAAAUUCCCCAUCUUAUAAUUCGUCUCUUAAGCGAAGGUUCAACAUCGCAAGACGCAAGCCAUACCUCAUAUCGUUCUUUCUUUGAUAAAUAUAUCGGAAAUUUCUCAAGCUUUACUCUAGUAUUCUUCAGCCAUGACCGCUAAGAAAGCUGUGUUGCAAUUGAGUGUCCACGAUGAGAGAAUCAGGAAGAAAGCGUUUGUGACCGUCUCUCGAUCUCAAGGGGUAACUUCGAUAACAAUGGAUGACAAAACAGGGAAAAUGACAGUAGUUGGAGAAGUUGAUACACCGGUUCUCGUGAUGAAGCUAAGGAAACUGUGUAAUGCAGAAAUCGUUUCGGUUGAAGUUGUUAAACCACCUGAGAAAAAGCCUGAACCGGCGAAACCGGCUCCAGCUAAACCUGAUACGGUUAAACCGGCAGAAAUUGUUGCCUUUCCAGUUACGCAUAUGAACUACCCGUACCAAUAUCAUUCUUCCUUUGCGAAUUCGCACUAUCAGCCAUACGGGAAUUCUAGAGUUGUGGUGGAGGAACCAAACACUUGUGUGCUUAUGUGAUUUAAUACAAUUACUUUUAAAAUAAUGUUAGUUGUUUAAUACUUAGUUUUGAUGGGAGAGUGUAUUUUUGGGGUACUGUAUAAUGUACAUUACUCCCGUGAGCUCAUUCGAGGGAAACAAAUCUUUUAUGUAUGAUAAAGUUGCUUUGUUCACUUUUUACUUCGAAAUAACUAGUCUUUUUCCUCGCAGUUUCA